AUAGCAUUUUAUGUACUGAUUGUAGCAAGUCUCAAAUUAAGUAAACGGGUAAACUUCGCGGAGAAAUAGGAACAAUGGGUAUUUGAAAGUAAAUCACAAUAUUGUAGGAGUUAGCUAGGAAAGUGGAAAUUCCGAUUUAUAAAUUGUUUUAAGUGCGAAAAAAAAGAUUUCCGCAAGGGGAAGUGAAAACUACGUCAGCUCAGCAGUCAUGAAUGAUUCCAAAGCAGCUGGCGCAAAUACGAAUGAUCUGGCUUCAAGUACUGGUCAGGUUCAAUUUAGUGGCUUGGGCAGUAACGUUGGUCAAAGCAGUGCAAGCAAGAGUCCGCAAAGUGAGUCAAAAACGCCAGAUAUGCAGAAAAAAAUCGAAAAUGCUCAAAACAAACAGAUCCGUCUACCUAUUGAGGGCAUGACUUGCCAGAGUUGCGUAAGGAAUAUAGAGGGAGCAAUAAAGCAAAAACCAGGAAUUUUAAAUGUGCGUGUGGUUCUAGAAGAGAACGCUGGUUAUUUCGACUACAACUCAGAGCAGACAAAACCUUCAAAAAUUGCCUUUGAAAUAGAAGAAAUGGGAUUUGAUUGCCCGUAUAAGUCUCCUGAGGCAGAUGGCGUAGAAAGGGCUAUGGGUGGUGGUAACAGUGGUAUAUCUAAAACACAGAUUCGCAUCGUUGGAAUGACCUGCAAUUCUUGUAUACGCAGUAUUGAGGGGAAUAUAAGUUCGAAGUCUGGUAUAUUUAAUAUAUGUGUAAGUUUAGAGGAUAUGCGCGCUACUGUUGAGUACGAUUCCACCCGAAUAACUCCCACGGAAAUUGCUGAAAUAAUUGACGACAUGGGCUUCGAAGCGGGUGUAUUAGAAGAGGAUAAGGAAGGUAUUGUAGUUAGUGCCCCCACGAACAUAUCAAAGCGUAGUUCAAUAUCCCCGCAGAAGCAACAGGUAGCAAAUGAACUGCCUGCAAGCAAUUUAACAAACGAGUACGCUAAGGUGUCCGUUGACGAGGCACUAACGAAAUGCUUCCUACAUAUACGUGGCAUGACGUGCGCCAGUUGUGUGGCAACUAUUGAGAAGCACUGCCGGAAGAUUUACGGGUUAGACAGCAUACUUGUGGCACUUCUCGCCGCAAAGGCAGAGGUGAAGUUCAAUGCAACUGUCUUGACGGCAGAAAACAUUGCAAAAUCAAUCACGGAGCUGGGAUUUCCCUCAGAAAUUAUUGAUGAACCCGAUAGUGGAGAAACAGAGGUAGAGAUUAAAAUCGCGGGCAUGACAUGUGCGUCUUGUGUGAACAAAAUCGAAACACAUGUGCGGAAAGUGAAAGGCGUUACUGCAGCUACCGUUACAUUAAUGACUCAAAGAGGCAAGUUCCGGUAUAAUACCGACCUGACUGGACCGCGCAGCAUUUGCGAAGCAAUCGAAAAGCUCGGCUUCCAAGCUCACAUGCUCAAUGGCAGAGACAAGUUGACGCAUGGGUACCUGCAGCACAAAGAAGAGAUUACCAAAUGGCGCAAUGCCUUCUUGGUUUCUCUGAUUUUUGGUGGCCCGUGCAUGGUUGCCAUGAUAUACUUCAUGGUAGAGAUGAGUGAUAAGGGACAUGCGGCUAUGUGUUGUCUUGUUCCCGGAUUAUCAAUGGAGAACUUGGUUAUGUUUCUUCUUUCGACGCCAGUUCAGUUCUUCGGGGGCUGGCAUUUUUACGUACAGUCUUUUCGCGCAAUCCGGCAUGGUACCACCAACAUGGAUGUGCUGAUCUCAAUGGUCACUACUAUAUCGUAUCUCUAUUCUGUGGCGGUGGUAAUAGCAGCUGUGUUGAUGGAGCAAAACUCUUCACCAUUAACAUUUUUCGAUACACCGCCCAUGCUGCUGAUUUUCAUAUCUCUAGGUCGCUGGUUGGAGCAUAUUGCGAAGGGAAAAACUUCGGAGGCCCUCUCUAAACUAUUAUCAUUGAAGGCGGCUGAGGCGCUGUUGGUCGAUGUGACACCUGACUUUGAAAUAAAAUCGGAGAAGGUGAUACCGGUGGACUACGUACAGCGUGGUGACAUUCUAAAAGUUAUACCUGGUGCCAAAGUUCCCGUGGACGGCAAAGUACUUUACGGUCACUCUACUUGCGAUGAAAGCCUCAUUACGGGCGAGUCAAUGCCAGUGGCCAAACGCAAAGGUGCAGUCGUCAUUGGCGGCUCGAUUAACCAGAAUGGUGCAUUGCUGAUAUCAGCGACGCACACGGGCGAGAAUACGACAUUGUCACAGAUCGUUCGUUUGGUCGAGGAAGCACAAACUUCCAAGGCUCCCAUACAACAGUUGGCCGAUCGUAUUGCUGGAUAUUUUGUGCCCUUCGUUGUGGUGGUAUCCACCAUUACGCUGAUUGGUUGGCUGAUAGCUGGCUUCAUACGGCCGGGCCUCGUGCCGGUAGCAAUGGAGCACAAAAUGCAUAUGGACUCAAAUGCAAUUGUCAUAGGCAACGCUUUCAAGUGUGCUUUAAGCGUGUUGGCGAUUGCGUGUCCUUGCGCCUUGGGUCUGGCUACUCCGACUGCCGUAAUGGUAGCCACUGGUACGGGAGCUAUCAACGGAGUACUGGUUAAAGGUGCUACAGCAUUAGAGAAUGCUUGUAAGGUGAAGACUGUUGUCUUCGACAAAACUGGUACCAUAACGCACGGCAUGCCGAUGACUUCAAAACUAGUUAUGUUUGUCAAACCCGCAGUCUGCAGCUUGGCACGUGCACUUACUAUUAUUGGUGCUGCUGAGUCGAACAGUGAACACCCAAUAGCUUCUGCAAUCGUCCGUUUCUCCAAAGAUAUGCUAGGUUUACAAACAUUUGGCAAGACACAAAAUUUCUUCGCUGUGCCGGGCUGUGGCAUUAAAGUAACAGUAGUGCAGUAUGAGCAACCUUUGCGGCAGGCCUGUAAUGCUGAGAAGAUCAUUAACUGCGAGAAUAACUAUCGAUCCAAUUCAAACUCGGAUCAUACGGAAAACGGCGCUAAAAUUGAAGAGCUUAUACCGCAGUUGCAGACUCGCAAAUCCAUGGAGGUGCAGCAACAGCAGUGCCUACUGCAAUUAGACGAAACCUUACAUGAGUCUGCAGAAAUCUCUGAAGAAGUCUCAACUGUGCUGGGCGGCGAGAUAAAUGUGCUAAUUGGCAAUCGUGAAUGGAUGCAUCGCAACGCGAUACUGGUGCCAAACGAAAUCGACAACUGCAUGAGCGAGGAAGAGUCGAAAGGCCACACAGCUGUCUUGUGUGCCUUGAAUGGUCAGCUGAUUUGCAUGUAUGGUGUGUCGGACAUGGUCAAACCCGAGGCGCAUCUAGCUGUUUACACGUUAAAAAAAAUGGGCAUCAACGUGAUCCUACUCACCGGCGACAACGAAAACACAGCUGCAAGUAUAGCUCGACAGGUUGGCAUUAAACGAAUUUUCGCUGAGGUCUUGCCAUCACACAAAGUGGCUAAAAUUCAACUCAUACAAGAAAGCGGAGUACGUGUCGCAAUGGUUGGUGACGGCGUCAAUGAUAGCCCCGCUCUGGCACAAGCCGACGUCGGCAUUGCAAUUGCGGCGGGUACUGACGUAGCGGCUGAAGCAGCUGAUGUGGUGUUAAUGCGUAACGACCUGCUAGACGUGGUGGCCUGCCUGGACCUGUCGCGGCGCACCGUGCGCCGCAUUAGGUACAACUUCCUGUUCGCCAGCAUGUACAACCUACUUGGUAUACCGCUGGCGUCGGGCAUAUUUGCACCGCUCGGCUUCACGCUGCAGCCGUGGAUGGCAUCAGUGGCAAUGGCGGCCAGCUCAGUAUCAGUGGUAUGCUCAUCUUUAAUGCUGAAAUGGUAUCGCAAACCCUCGGCUGCUUCGCUGCGCACGCCCGACUACAUGAAACAUUUGGCACAGGAGCGCGACAAUGAACUCGAACCCGACCAGCUAUCAUUGCAUCGCGGCUUGGAAGACUUGCCACGCCCCAAGCUAAAUCGCUCCAAUAGUUCGCUUUUGUCGCGAAUAUUCCUGCAAGGUAGCGUUAGCCGUUACGACCACAAUGAGGGUAGCUUGCUGGAUGCAGAAAGCAGUGAAUUUUCUCCGAAAAUAGUAAAGACGAAAAACAUCAAGAACGUGACUGAAAUACAGAAGCUGUAGGGCGACAAAAGACAUGUGCUUAUCAUUUAUCCGUAGACGGUGAAGUGUAAAAUUUGUUUUUGUUAUUUUAAAUGUUUAUAUAUGUAUAUCUGUGAAGCAUGUAAAUUGUAGGAAUAAGAAGCGCUCCGCAGUGCUGAGAUGUUACCAAUUUUGAUUGGGCCUUUAUUCUGCGCUAUUAAAUCAAAUUACUGUUAUGUUUAUACUAUGCAUAAAUGAAUGUGCAUUUACUGUGAAAAUAUGAAAAUAUGUGAGUGAAUACACAGCUGUACUAAAUUAAUGGGUGAACACUAUUUUUCGAAGAACAAUUAAUCACUAAAAAAAAAAAACCUUAAAGGUCUGACAAGCAGUAGCAUUAUGUAAUAUACGCAAAUGUACGCAAUUGUUAUAAAAUAUUAUUUCAAAACCUUUUUUAUAUAUUAUAUAUACACAUACUAUAUACAUACAUUCUUAAUCCCCAAAUCGAUUUAGAAUAAAGACCCUAUAUCAGCGAAAAGUACUCAAAUGAAA